ACCUGUGUCCAGCAGCCUCUUGGUAUCAGCCACGUCUCUCUUCCUGACACUGCCGCUGCUUUCGCUGCCGACCCCUGGUACAGCUUGCAGGCAACCACUGCUCAGGUCCCUGUCGGAUUCGUCAACACUUUCACCGCCUUGACUGCCUCCAACUCUGCCGACCAGUAUGUCGGAUUCACCCUGAUGAGCUCUUACGACCCUGCCUCAUGCGCACAGAAGUGUUCUGCGAUGAGUGGCUGCAACAGCUUCAACAUCUACUUCGAACGCGACCCCCAGUACGACCCUUCGAUUCUCGCCUGCGCCAACCCAGCCUCGACUGUCAAUGUCAAGUGUGUCUUCUGGGGAGGCGCAGUGUCGUCUGCGAAUGCCAACAACUUCGGUCAGAUGAGAGAUGGUUUCAACGUCGUUAUUGCCGGCUCGAACGGAUACAUCGCAUCCACUUUC